AUGCUCAAUUCGAUUCAGGGAAUAUCUUGCUUUCGUCACAGUCCGCUCCAUAUUCUAAGUUUGAGCAAUAAUGCUCUGGAAACGAUCCCAGAAGAAAUCACGACACUUUCCAAUCUCACACAUCUGUAUCUUGACGAUAACAAGCUCAGAGAAUUCCCAAGCGUGCUACUUCAGUUGUCUCAGCUCCAAUAUCUCCAACUCUCUGGAAAUCGUCUGUGUGAACUUCCAGAGCUAACAAAUUGCUGGGAGCAUUUGGAAGAGCUUCUCUUAGACAAGUGUCAAUUGACUUCCGUUCCGGCCUCUCUUGCCUUGCUUCAUAACCUUCGCAUUCUGAAUCUGGGAAAUAAUCUUCUGGAAGAGCUUCCCGCCUCUCUGUGUGAAUUACAAAACUUAGAAAAACUCAUAUUAAAUAGCAACAGGCUCACUUGCAUUCCGCAGUUCGUGGGUCAGUUAUCCAAUCUCACAGUGCUGAUUGCGAAUUCAAAUCAGAUCGAGACUGUUCCAGAGGAAUUAGCUGAUUUGAAGAAUUUGAAAACUCUUUGGCUAGCAAAUAAUAAAAUUAAAGGUUUGCUGCUUAAAUGA